AUGCUUCGCGGCGCCGCGGGCAAGGUCAUCGUGUCAACCGCGGCUGCGGCUGCAAUCCUGUUGGGCGCUCCCGUGGUGACCUCCACCCUGUUAGAGGCUGUCCCCUUGGGCGUCCCCGCCGCACACGCAGAUGAGGACAUCGACGAACGCGCGUCCAAUGCAUUCGAGUCGGCUGCAGAGAAGGAGAAGAAGGCCGACGCCGUCAACUCGACCGCCUCGGAGGAGCUGACGGACCUCCAGAUCGUCGAGGAGGUGUGGAAAGUUGUUGACGAUAACUUCCUCCCGGCGCGUUCCGUCGAUGGGUUCGAUCGCGCCGCGUGGGCCAAACUUCGCGAGGACUUCGUCAGGUCUCCGCCCGCUGAUAGGGACGAGGCGUACGAUACGAUCAGAAGCAUCCUGCGAACGUUGGGAGACCCGUUCUCGAGGUUCGUCGAACCCUCCGACUUUGCGCCGUUGCUCAAGUACGACAUCAGCGGCGUGGGCAUGAACGUGGCGGAGGAUCCGGACGAUUCCACCAGGCUCAGGGUGUUGGGACUUGUCCUCGACUCCCCCGCCGCCAAGGCUGGGGUGAAACAGGGAGAUGAGGUGGUGGCGGUGGACGGGGUCGAGGUGAGGAACAAGAGCGCGUUCCAGGCUGUGAGUCUCAUCCAGGCUUCUCCCGGCCCGGAUGUGAAAGUCACCAUCCGAAGCGACGCGGGGGAACCCGGCGCGGGACCGACGCGCGACGUCACCUUGCGCCGUAGCAGCAACGCCGUCAACCCGGUGGCUUCGAGACUGGAGGGAGGUAACGUGGGGUACAUACGGCUGAAGGAGUUCAACGCUCUGGCGGAACCCAACGUCGCGAAGGCGAUUGAAUCGCUCCGGUCGCAGGGCGCGACGUCGUUCAUGCUGGACCUCAGGGAUAAUCCGGGUGGUUUGGUGCAGGCCGGAGUGGAGAUUGCGCGGCUGUUUCUGCCGUCCGGGGUGAACGUCGCGUACACGGAGGGCAGGCUCAAGUCCAUUCCGUCCGCGUCGGCGACCGCUCCCGCGACGGAACCCCUCGUCGUGUUGGUGAACGGAAGGUCGGCGUCGGCGUCUGAAAUUCUCACCGGCGCGCUGAAGGAUAACUGCAGGGCGACGGUGGCUGGCAGUAAGACGUACGGCAAGGGUCUGAUUCAGAGCGUGUACGAACUAUCUGACGGCUCUGGUUUGGUGCUCACCGUGGGCAAAUACGUCACGCCGGGACUGAACGACAUCGACAGGCAAGGGAUCACUCCGAACUUUGCCAUGUUUCCUGGUUUUCAGAAGGCUCAGGAGGAGCUCGGUGCGUGCGAAAGACCGAGCGGGCCCAGGUGAUGA